CUGGUGAGUAGAGAUUCUGGUUAAUGUUUGAAAUUAUUAUAUUUUGAAAUUUGUUAUUUAUCGUAAAGUUUGCUCCGAAAUUAUUAGAUUUGUAACACUUCCAGGAAUUCUACACGUUUAACUUGGAGCACUGAGGCUUUUAUCAAAUUAGGAGUGAAGUGACUCGCAUAUGCAAGGACUUAAAGAAGAGGAAGAAUCAUUAUUUUCCGGGAAAUGGCUGCGAUGAAUCCGUACGCAUUUAGGGGUUGGCACCUUCCCUCGUAUGCAGAUGGAGCGAACUGUGACAGGAAUUAUCAUAUGUACGGGUCCUGGCCCCACUCCGGGUACUUCCCCCCGGGGUCGGUGUAUUCACUACAGGCAGACACACCCAAACAACACAGCAACAGUGACUGGAAGCUGAACGGACUGUGUACAACGUCCUCAGAAGGUACGUCAGCCAGGGGGGAUAACUCGUCAGUAAUGAAGCCAGGAUUUGAAAGUAUGCUUUAUAAAUCCUACACUAGUCGAGGGGACAGCGAAACCUCGAGAGAGGAAUCCCCCUCUCAAAGAAGCUGUUGUGCUGUAUCAUCCACGUGUAGUGCUUAUGAACGUUUGAAUGUUUUAGAUAAUUCUUGGAGGUCCCCGGAGGUUCCGACAGCUUUGGACCUGAACAAGUCUGGAGCAGUGUCCGCAUACCCUUCCCUGUGUCAGAGAGAUAUGCAACAGAUUCAUUUACCGUCAACGACGCUUGCUCCCACCGCUGUGACGCUGAGGAAGCGAAGAAGGCCCUACUCGAAAUUCCAGAUCGCGGAGCUUGAACGCGAAUACAAUAACUCUACAUACAUCUCUAAGUCCCGGCGAUGGGAACUCUCACAACUAAUCAACCUCUCAGAACGACAGAUCAAAAUCUGGUUUCAGAACAGACGUAUUAAAGCCAAGAAAGUGUCAAAACGGGACGAUCCACCACCCAAAACACAGUCUUCUUGUAUGCAACAGCAGCAACCUAUGAGUCACUGAGGAGGAGGGAAAAUAGGGAAUAAUGACGUAACAGAAUCAUGAUGUGACGUCAGGAGCACGCGUCUGGAUCUCCAGGAUUUUGUGGCUCUAGAUUAUUUUACCAAAGAACCAACACGCCGAAUACCUCAGUCUGCAGACGUAGUGAAAACCAAUGGUCUCUGAGAGUUCUUUGACUUGAAUGGACACAGCCAUCGAGCGCUCUUGAGGAUCGAGGGUCUCUUGAAAAAGUAAACAAUACUGUAUGUUCACUUAGACUCGCACAGGAUUAUUACGGCUGGUUUGUAGUAUUACAACGUAUAAUGAAUCUUCUCCUGAUGCAAGGACACGAUGUGAAUUCUUUUGUCUCAUGACAAUUUUAUCAUUUGUAGAAAAGGUCCCAAUUUAGACAACAGAUUCUGAAUCUGUCUGUCGCAGAAUGACUGCCGAUGUGAAUAUAUCGAUUAAUGUAGAAUGUCUGAAGAUGUGAUUGUAUCGAUUAUUUGUAGAAUGUUUGACAAUGUUUUACUACAUUGACUUUUUGUGAUUUGUCCAAAGAUAAAUUGUAUUCUAUAUAAAAAAUGAAUAGAUGAAAUAGCAAUGAAAUAUACUACCCUAAACUA